AAUGGGAACUAUUACAGGAAGAUACUUGGCGGCAUUACAUUGUGGUCCCAAUCCCAGGUUUUCCCUCAAAAAUAUCAUUCAACCAAGACUCAAACCUUAACAGUCGUGAUACACUUUCUCGUGUAGUGUUAUCAAAACCGAGAUACUCGAGUACUAAAGGCUUUUAUAAUGGCGCAAACGGAAACUUUCUCAUGGAUCAGUGAACGACCUCAUGUAUCACACCCGAUCACUCCGAAUCAGAAGCCCCACUCAAAUUAUCGCCCUCGAAAAUCGCAUACUAAGUCUAGGAACGGCUGCAAUAACUGCAGGAAACGCAGAAUAAAGUGUGAUGAAGCAAAACCAAGCUGUGGACAAUGUUCAGAUCGACUACUCGGGGCAGUUCAGUGUGAAUAUCUUGUCCUACAAAAGUCAGUCAUGAGAGACCGAUUGCCAUCGGAACAACAGAUGUCGACCGGACGGAUUUGUAGCCCAUCGGUCAGAGACCAAAUCAUUUCGUACCUGGAAAAGUCAGAGGUUCCGUGCUCGCACUUUAAAGACCCCAUCUACAAACCAGGUGAUGCUUCUGAAUUAUUGGACCACUUCACUGAAGUCACUACUCCUUGGGUUGGAUCUCAAUCGUUUCAGCAUAUCAUCCAGCAGCAUGGGCUAAGUAUUUCUCUCAAAGCCCCUUACCUAAUGCAUGCUAUUCUUGCUUUUUCGGCAAGCCAUCUUCAUUAUUUACACCCAAAAGAGAAAAAGUAUGGCAUUGCUUUCACGUUGCAUUACUCUAAAUCUUUAUCGUCCUACUCAUCAGAGCUUCGAACGAGCUUGAAUGCCAGGAAUGCAGAUGCAAUCAUCGCAUCGUCUUACCUUCACACGAUGCUGACUUUUAGAAAUAUUCAGCCAGAUCUAAAUACUGACACUGACGGAAGCGGUCGACUUACUUGGCUACGUGCUAUGAGAGGGGUAUCAAUCUUGUGGAAUACGAGCGAUAUGAAUUGCCACCUCCAAGACAGUAUUUUGCUAGAUAUGAAACACGAUCCCAAAUUCUUAAACGAAGGGCCUUGCAAUCAUGACAAGCCGAACGACGUAAAUCCGUGGGCACUAGAAAUAUCUAGAGCGCUUCAUAGGCUAUUUGAAGGGGAACAGGAUUCAAAGAUGUUCAAGGAUUCUUAUGAGGGGCCCUUGAGGCACUUAUGUCAACUGAUACGACUCGGAACUGGCCAAGAUACGAUCUGCACGUUUAUGUCGUUCGUGGGUGAACUCCCCGAUUCCUUUGUGCAGUUACUGGAUCAGAAAGACCCCAGAGCUUUGUUGAUUUUAUGUUAUUGGAGUGCCCUAUUGAGCCAAAUAUACUACUGGUGGGUUAUGGACCCUGCAACUGCUGUGUGUAGUAGGCUUUGUGCAUACUUGGAUGGGAUUCACGAUGAGAGGAUACGUAGCCUACUACAUUAUCCAGCCAAUCAAUGUGGCUAUAUGAUGGAUAGUGCACUUCCAAACAUCGUCGACGCACCUCUACAAAUGGAUUGCCACAAUAUCAGUUUAUGAAAAAUUUGUCACCUUCAAUAUGGAAUCUGUGUUUCCAACAUUCCGAAUCACUAGAAAACCAUCGGAGAAGAAGGGCUUCUGAUCUCUUACAUUCUUCUAUUGUAACGAAUUUAAUCGAAGUAUUAUAUCUACAUUCCCGAAUCUACCAAAACAACCAACCCAUUCUCCAGAGACCCACCCCUUUACGAAUACUGGAAUUCUCAAAAGUUUAUCUAUCGAAAUCCCCUUUUUUACAGGAUAGGCUAUUGGGAAAAACCGGCGCUAUUCGGAAUUAGAAAAAGGAAACUCCCAAGUCUCCCCUCAGAGGGUCGAUCCCGCGUCGAAGUGCAAGAAAUUUACUGUUUUAAAAGAAAGAAACUGUUGGUGCAAUAGAGAUGAAAGAGAUUAGGCAAAGCGGUGUAGAAAAGCACUUAAUUUUCGAAGUUCAUAUGAUUCAUUCUCAGAAUUUCGUACUUUCACCCAGACUUUCUUUCGUGUGCCCCUUUAGAAACUCCUCCACGGUAGUAGGCACCACUUCCGGGUAACGACUAUUAUCUGUAUCACCCAAUAAUGUCUGUUCGUUAGACAUCCAGUAUUGGCCAUACAAGCCAAUCCAAGCCAAUCCGUUCCUUGGGUUUUCUUUGAAAGCAGAAGUCAUAUUGUCAUGAAGAUCUUGGAGUGAGCCAAGUCGCUGGAUAUUUGGUUCAACUCCAAAGGCUUCCCGGUAUACAUGAGCUAAUUUCUUGAUGCUCUUUGAGUCUCCUCGAUCUGGAAAAGAAUAUUAGUAAGACUUUGAACUCAAAAUGAUGAAACAAAUAUUCCAUGGCCUUACAUUUUACAGCCCCAACAGCUUUUGGAUCCAUAGAAACUGCGGCUACAAAUUUCGCAGUAUCUUUCAUGGCAGUCAUCUCCAACUGUUCAUCACCUGUACCAUAAUAUCGAAACUUGCCCUCCUCAGCAUUUACAAAACCAAGCAGAGGGCUCCAUACGAAUUCCAUGAAUGCUCCGUUAAGGACAUGAACACCCCUAAUAUUUUCCGUUCGCUCUUUCUCCUGAAGAUACUGAUGAAUGUGUUUCGAUGGAUCCUUGGCGGGAUAAUCGCCGAGUUUGAGAGGUCGAUAGUCAAAAGUAUAAUCAGAGGCGAUGUAGCGAGAAACGUUCUCUGCAAUACAUGCAUCGAUAAGAAUCUUUUGGCCAUCGAUCAUAAGCUUGCUGUCACCGAGAUAACAACAUAUGCAUACAGAUGUACCCGCUAGAGCAGUGCGAAUGGUAGAGAUGUCUAUGGAACUGGCCUCGAAGAGUCUAACCCGAGGAUUCAAAUGUAUGUUUUCGUCGACCUUACUAGCUGAGCGGCAAAUACCAUGGAUUAUCGCAUCCGGGUGGUCUUGAAGGAUAAAUUUGGUGAUCAAGCGAGCCAUUCUGCCUGUGAAGCCAACAAUCGCUAUCAUUGUAGUGGAAGACAUUUUGUGAGGAAGAAAAUGAAAUGGAAGUCUGGGAGAUGGUCUUUUCAAAUGGUAAAAUUGGAUGAUUGGACUAAGUUCAUACAUCUACUUGUAGCCUAUCUUUAUAUAGAUUUACAUAUGGUACUCUAGAAGGGAUUCUAGACAGUAACAACGAUCUCUCUGUACGAGGAGAAUUCAUCAUACAGGCAUAUCAACGAAUAAAAUAUCAAUAUAAUAGCCAUUGCCUUCAAACAUCAUAAACAACAUGACGAUAGACGUCAGCAAAGCAUGACCGACC